GCGCUUGUGCAAUUUAUUAAAUCGCGCGGCGCUGCUCACGCCCUGUUUAGGAAGGCGAGCCCUCGCGUUCAGCUCGUUGAGCCCGUUGAGACACGGUUCGAAUCGGUUUUUCUGAUGCUGACGUGUCUCAAAGGCCGACGAGACGCGUUGGAGAGCAUGUUGCACGGGGAUGCUUGGGCACGCAUCCCGUGGGAGCGCAGGCAUGUAUCGCAGACGCAGUGGGUGCAGCAGCGGAUCCAGGACGCGGAGUUUUGGCGUUCUGUCCAGUACGCCCUCCUUAUCAUGGCACCCGUCCACCAGCUGUUGCGCAGGAUGGAUAGGGGGGGGAUGAUGAUGUCCGUCGUUUACGAGUGGAGUCAGCAUGUGCUGCAGUUGACGAGGAGGGUCGACGUGCCGGAGGACAUGAUCGAGUCAUGCGUGCGUGAGGUUGCCAUCCGCAACCUCCACAUGCUAGAGCCCGCACAUGCCGAGGCCCACCUCCUCAACCCUCGUCGACGGUCCCUCACGUAUUACGAGUCGUUACAGACGACCGCCAACGACGCCCGUGUGGUCGAGGAGUGCGACAGAUUUCUUCUGACGCAGACUGACGGUGAUUCACACGAGCGCAUCAACACGGCGAGGCGUGCCAAGCUUGGGUUUGCCAAGAUUGCACUGCUGGUUGAGAUUGCCACCAAUCUCAAACUGGCCUCCUGCGCACGGCAGGGUGGUGGCUACGUGUUGCCAUGGGUUAUGGGGACCGGUCGGGAGGGGACGGCGGCAGAGGACGAGGAUGAGGAGGGAGACGUGGAGCCCGAGGUGUGGGGAGCGCGACCUGCAGGCAGUGUUGCAGAGGUGGAGAUCCAGCGGCAGAUUGUCGCUUUUCAUGACAGCCGACCGUCCAGAGCCCAUUCGGUUCAGGACGUGUUCGGCAAGAGGGAGACGGAGCUGCGACCGUGGCCAGAGGGUGGGGAUGAUGUGGACGCUUAUGCGGCAGACGACGACAUCGACGACGAGUGGACAGACGAUGAUGACACGCCUCUGAGUGGCGACCCGACGGCUGAGCGGGUAUACUUCACUUAUGGUGGGGGACGAGACGACGUGGAUUCAUUCACAUCAGUUAUCACUGGUGAUGUGUCGUCGACCGCACAGGCGAGUGGCAGCAGCAGAGCCACUGGUGGUCGUGGAGGACGUUCGUGUGCGGAGGUUGGCGUCAACGACUCAGGGGAGCAGCAUCCACGGGGAGGUCUUCGGCAGACAGGCAGACGUUGGGAGGUUAGGAGCGACAGCGAGGCCGAGGAGGAGGCCGAGGAUGAGCGGGUACCCCUUCACGAUCGUCGCUUCUCUCCCUCCCAUCAUCGGAGCGCUGCACAACCCGAGGCACUUAGGCGUUCGGAGAGGUUGGCGUCGGCAUCAGGCAGAGACCGGACACAUGACGGUGAGGAUCGUGGGGGGGAUAGGACUCCUUCUGACGCCGGUAUCCGCCCCCGCUCGCCGUCGGUGCUCCGCACACACGACUUUGACGUCGUAGGGCUUGGUGGGAGCUCGGGAGAUUUCAGUGUCGAGGGACGUCGGCGUGCCUCACCGUCGGAGGUGCGCACCGACGCGGACGUUGUGUGGGGCACUGUUAAGACUGAGGAGGAGAGGGAUGCCCGUUUGGACAGAGAGGAGGAGGAGCGGCUGGGGAUUCAGGGGGAGUUCGAUGAUGAGGGACAGGAUGCCGCCGCGGGUGGUGGGUCAGGUGGUGGACGACGCGGCGAUGGGGAGACCGCAGGUGAUGAGGGGCAGGAUGUUGUCGUGGGCGGUGGGUCCCCUAGUGGGGGGUGUGGCGACAGCGAGACCGCGGGUGACGAGGGACAGGGUGCCGCCGUGUGUAGCAGAGGAGAGGGUGGACCCGGUGGAGAUGGGGACACCGCGGGUGUCGGGGGAGAUGAUGGACCGGACGGAGAUGAUGACGACGACCACGGUCCCAAGGACGAUGCGUAUAGGCUCGCCUUGGUGUUGAGGGACCCCACAGUACCUCCCUUGCACCCUGUCAACACAGCGCACACUUUCUUUGACGUCGACGCUUUGGCGCAAGCGUUGACGGAUGACCAUUUCGCACACAUGAGCCGCAAGAGCGGCAAGAGGCGGGCCCCUGGGAGGAUAUAUUCACCGCCGCCGUUCGUGGUGGAGAGCCCUCACUGGUCGGGUUCGACACUCAGCGGCGUGAGAGGGAGGGAGUCCGGAGCGGGUGAGGUGGGGUCCGGCAGACGCAGCGACGGCGGCAGAGACAGUGCAGGAUCGAUCCCUCCACCGCCCGCACGGACUUCGGAGGCCGGGGUCGACGCCGGGGACCAGACGGUGACACCCGGAGUUGCGCAACGUGGCGGUUCCCCGCCGACAGUCUGAGGUGGUGUGGGUGGCAGAUGGUCAGCUGUUCGUCGGGUCGGGGACCGGUUGCGGACGGAUUACGACGCCGGGAGGGGCGUCUUCACGAGACGUAUACCAGUUCAGACGCAGGCUGCGGAGGGUGGGUCCGGACGUCCGAGCCUGCAGAUGGCAGGCCGGAUGCUCGGUUUGUCAUGAGCGGAGACGAGGAGAUCAUUGGUCCUCGAGGCCGCAGGGACAUCCACGGACAUGCUGCGGGGAGAGCAGUUCACAUCG